CGAAUGCCGGCGUUUUGAGUUUGAUAUCCGGUGAAAAAAGUCCUUUGGCGAGCAUAUGCGACCUCGCGCCUUUCGCCUUGGUAUUCAGUAGUGUCGAAUUGACUUGACCAAACAUUUCUAUUACAUUCUUAAGUAGUCAGAAAAAUACUGAAGAUAUGGCCACUGAUUCAAAGGCUGCUUUCAAGCCGGUUACACAUGUGCUUUUUGACAUGGAUGGUCUGCUACUGGACACCGAGUCAUUGUACACAGAGGCCACGCAACGGGUGACGCAGCGCUACGGCAAGGACUACACUUGGGAAAUCAAGGCGGCCGUCAUGGGCACCGCCGGGUCUGAGUCGACGCGCAUCAUCAUCGACAGGCUGCAGCUGCCGCUCACCGUGGAACAGCUCGAGGCUGAGCUGCACCAGAUGCACACUGAGCUCUUCCCCACGGCACAGCUCAUGCCUGGGGCCGAGCGGCUCGUGAAUCACCUCCACCAGUGUGGGGUGCCCAUUGCCGUGGCGACCAGCUCCAAACGGGACUCGUUUGUGCUCAAGACCAGCUGCCAUGGAGAGCUGUUUGCCAAGUUCCACCACAUAGUGUGUGGCGGGGAUGAUGCAGAAGUGCCAAGGGGCAAGCCACACCCAGACAUCUUUCUCGUGGCCGCUGGAAAAUUUGAGAAUGCACCUCCACCUGAAAAGGUUCUCGUGUUCGAGGACUCCCCCAAUGGUGUGCUGGCAGCCGUGGCUGCUGGAAUGCAAGUGGUCAUGGUACCAGAUCCACGUGUUGAUGAGGACUCGCGCAAGAGUGCUACGUUGUGCUUGACCUCACUCGAAAACUUUAAGCCCGAGUUGUUCGGUCUCCCACCGUACAACCACUGUAACUGAGAUAGAUCAUCUUCUAGUCUGUUCGUUGCAUUGUUAGUUUUUUUUUUUUCGAGGAAGAGCAUUUCACAAUGAGAAACAAUGAUCUGUCUUUUGGGCCGUCUUUAGCUUCUGAUAUUAACAUCAAGGGAUAUCAAAGUGCGGUGGUGAUAGUCAUGCUUAGUCUGUGCUGGGAACAGAAUGCAUUCUGUUGUACUGCUUGUCAGAGGAACGCCGGAGGCCACUGACAGGUUAAGAAAGCCUUGUGUGCAUCACAGUAGCAGGGUUUGCUGUUUGCUCAGUUGCAUUGUAUGGACUAUGUGAUGAAUUUGACGUGUGACUCUUUAUUGCUUUAAAUGUACGUAGGCAGACGUCAGCACAUAGGAAAUGGCAUUUCCUCUUUUAUAUCUUAUGUGGUCCUUCAAAGCUACAAAUGCUGUCGCAUUCAUCUUUUUGCAUCACAAUUGCCACUCCUAGAGAUCACUAGGACUAAAAGAUACAUGCCUUUUUUGCUGAGUUUAAUGUGAAUGAGUCUUUGCGUACCCCCGGCCACUUUCAAGAUAUUAUGAUUGUCAUUUUGCGACAUUUAUACACCUUUAGGAUCAGCCCAAUUUACCCAGUGCAUUUGCCUUCGGGAUUACGUAUUCAUGUUUACAGAACCUGCAAAUGAGUUCUAUCAUGCUGAAUGAUCUGGAGGUUGUCUAGUACCUUUUUCGUAAUGUUUACAGAUUUUUACUUAGCCUUUGAUUUUGUUGAUACUGUGUCAGAUUUUACAGAAAUAAAUUCUCUUUGCAAAAAAGUUUUUAAAUUGGUUGAACAUGGGAUGAAACAAGAUUUCAAAAAAUGCAUAAAAUAAAUUGUAAUUCUACUGGUGCCGCUCUCUUACACAGGCGCAAGACACCAUAUGCAGUCGAACGCUUUUAUAAUAAAGUGCUUGGUGCCUCUGAAAUCAUUCAUUGUACAGGUGCACCGCACAGCUCCCAACAAAAUUGGGACAGGAUUCUUUUGUUAUUCUAGUCAUUUCAUUGCAGAGGCAUUCGUUGUCGAGGCACUCCACUGUGCAUUCGAGUUCAAUUAAUUCAACACUAAUGGUGCGAACGAAAUUGGUCGAAUUAAAUAAAAAUUUAGAAAAAAGUCGCAGUUCUGCCCCAAAGGCGAAGCAUUGAUUCCGAUAGCAAAUUAUUAGACAGCUAUAUGCAGUAAGGUUAGUAGUCUUAUCAGCUGCAUAAACUACUGUAAACAUUCACUUGCUAACUAAGUUAACAAGCACUGCUGAAGAGCAUUUCACAAUGAGAAACAAUGAUUACAUCUCCAAGAUGGAAUCUUGGAGAUGGAAUCGCACAUGCAUUCCAUCUCCAAGAUGGAAUGCAUGCGGCCGCGCCAUGCACAGCCGUGGUACAGCGGUUAGAAUUUGGAGGUGUGACGAAGGAGCUGCCGCCUGCGUGCAAUCGUGUGAUGCGUGCCGUAGCGCUGGCUUUAGCUUUCACGUCAGCUCACUGUAGUGCUCAUAUACAUUUUAUGUUAGUGGCGUCUUACUUUUUUGCCCUUUUUUACACUAGCAGGCGAGUUGUCGAGCUAUCGUGUGUAAAAUAAUAAGCCAUUUAUCAUCUAAGCAGUUUUUCUUUGAUUCCUAAGCACCGAGUACGGCGUUUGCUCUGCCUGAGCUGUGAUGGGCUGACGCUAACCGUGCGGCUACCGCAGCUCAUUACGCCACGGUAUUAGAAGAAACCUAAGUGAUUUUUCAGUGUCUCUAUUUUUGAUGCGACUAAAAUAAUAGUUCUUUGCAGUGGUUUAUAACUUGUAGCUGCCGACCUAAGCAUUAUAAGUGAUGGUUAAGUGUUACUCAUUUACGCUUAAAAUAAGUGAAAUUCUAUGAAAACUAGUUAGAAGUAGAUUUAUUAUUUGAGCAUUUAUUAUAAUAAGGGUGUCUCCAUGGGCCGUCUGUUGACAUAGCUCUACGAGGUUCCUUUCGUGUGGUCCUUCAAAGUUUCAAGGGCUUUUUCUUUUUGCUGGUUGAUGUUUGUUCUUUGUUCAAUGACAUUGUGUAGAAAUAAAGCCUUGUCAUAAUUAAA